AUGUUUACGAGAAAGAAUAGUCUUUUGAAAUCUUCACUCACUCGAAUAAUCGAGUCAAACUAUAAUAGUGAUAGUUCAUCAUCAACAACAAACAAACAACAAAAACAACAAUGUAUACAUACAUCAUCAUCUAUCUGUAAAUUAAAUUAUUCAACCUUUAUAACAUCACUAUUUGAUGUAAACAAUCAAUCUGCGUCGUUACCAUCGACGACUACCAUUAACAGACAUAUAUACAACAACCAUCACCAAAGAAAAUAUUGUUCAACAACAAAUGAAAAUGAUCAUAAAAAGAAUAAUAAUAAUAAUGAAACAAAACAAUUAGAGGAAGAUGAAGUGGUCGAAGAAGAAGAAGAAGAUGAUGAUAGAGUAGAGAAUCCAUACCUUUCAAAUAAAGUAUCAAGAGACUAUGGAGUUAGAUUAUUGACCAAUAAUAAUGAUAUCAAGAAUCAAGAUUAUGAUCAAGUAAUGAAAAAGAUAAAAUCAUUAAGAAAAAAGGUGAUACCAAUGGAAGAACAAUUACAAAUAUUUAAGGAUUUUGUUGAAAAGGAAGAGUUGGAUGAAGCAGAUUACUAUUCAAUCUCUGUCGAACAAGUUCAAAGAUAUCCAGAUAUGGAUCGUCUCUUUUCAUACUAUAGUAAUUCAAUGAUUACUAUGCUUCGUGCAUUGGUGCCCGAACAAAAUAUCUUGCCUUGGGAAAUGGAAAGUUUACCCAAACUCAAUGCCAGUGAAAAUGAAAGCAUUGCAAUGGAAUUUUUGCGUUGGUUUAUUGAAAAGGAAGGUUUGGAACCAGAGGAUUUCUAUGGCUUGCCACAAUCAGAACUUACAAAGUAUGGUAAAAUUGGUAUCGACAAUCGAAAGAUGUUGGUAAAGUUGCUCAACAAAAUCUAUCCCGAUUUCAACUUUAAGAUGGUUCGGUUCCGUCCCGCCCCAUUUGACGUUUGGAAGGAGCCAAAUUUCGUGGCAGACAUGAAAGAAUACAUUGUCGAGCAUUUCAACAUCACCGAUCCAAAAAACGAAUUUAAACAUGUUAGAAUCGAUUCUGGGUACUUUAUACCAAAACAUCUUGUCCAGUUUUUGGGUACGUCCAAGUAUGAAAUAGCCAAAAAGCUGUGGCCAGAGAUCCAGUGGGAUCCAUCCGAGUUUCCAUCUAUCUUGACCUACACGGACGAGGAUCUCCAACUACUCAAGAAAUCAGAUCCAUCUCACUACUUUGACAUUAUGGAAAAGAAGACGAAAAAGACAACCAUACAGGAUUUGGAAAAACACCGUGAAAAGGUCGAUACUCUUAACCUGUCCCCUAGAUUGGCACAGUAUAUGAAGAGUCAGAUUGACGAGGCACUACUCAAAAGUGGAGUAAAGCCAAAAGACCAAGUCGAUGUUGACGAUGAUAAAUCACCACUCACCGUUGGUGAAGCACUCAUCAAGAUUCAAAGUCUAAUCAAUCGAAAGAACAAUAGAAAGAUGGCAGGGUUGUCCCCAACCAGAAAACUAUUCGAUAGUGUUGCAUCAAACAAUAGUGAGUUUGAACAAUACCUCAAUUCAAUGUAUCAACGACCAAUCUAUCAAAUUCCAAUCUCUUCCAUCAACCAACAAUUAAUUGAAAGUUUAAAAGAGAAACAAAAUAGUCAAGAUAGUACUAGUGAUAUGAUAGAUCUUAUUAAAAAGAUUAAAACCAAUAUGGAAUUAAAUGCUGCAAAUGCUCUUAAAAAUAAUAAUAAAUAG